AAACCAUUCGCUCGUCGGCCGACAACUGAAGCUUGCAUUUCCAUAUUCACGCCAUCUUUGAUCGCCUUCUCCAAGAAGCUUUGAUUCCUCGGCCAUUUCUUCGCUUAUUUUCCUCUUCUUUCCUGCGCAAACCCGUCCGUUCGUCGUCUUUCUCGACCUCGGUUUCAUUGGAACCGCCUCGGUUCUGGAGGACUCUAGGACAUCAGAAUGGCUUCAACUGCAUGUCAUCAUGCCCUCGGAUUGAUCCAAGCCCAGGGGAACAGUCCAAGAACUGGCUUGCAAGAUAAAGUUGGAAGAUUUUCUCUGGAAUUGGUAUCUAAGGGCUUUGACAUGGACAUACAACUUCUUUCAAGAGGAAGCCACUACCCUGGGAGCAGGAAAUUGUGCUUGGUUCGCGCAUCGAGCUCACAUUCUUCAGUUGCUGAUCCAAUUACUAUAUCAUCCAACAGCAAUUCUAGUGAUUCUCAGAAAAGAUCAAGUGCUAGGCAAAAGUUUAUCACAUAACAAAAAUGAGAAGCUGAGUAAUUGAGAAUGUAUUUUAAUCUAGUUUUAGAGUGCUGCUGUAUAUUCUUCAAUUUUCUUUUAUUCUGCUAAGGCUAUUUAUUAUCCAUGGUGAGUCUUUGUGGAAUGAGAAAAAUCUCUUUACAGGAUGUGUUUAUGUACCAUUGACUCAAAAGGGUGUUGAGGAGGCAAUCGAAGCUGGUAAAAGAAUAAGCAAUAUACCAAUUGACAUGAUCUAUACAUCGUCACUGAUUCGUGCCCAAAUGACUGCAAUGCUUGCGAUGACCCAACAUCGCCGCAAAAAGGUCUCUGUUUCUUCCAAUCUGUUUCCCUUGUUAAUUAUGCUAAUGAUUUCUUUAGUAUCCAUAGCAUCUGUUGCAAUAUGCUAAACUACCAAGAAGUCUGAACAAUUGUUUCUUUGUGUUUUUCUCUCGCAUCGACAUUGAUUAUGGUUCCAAUCAUCAUGCACAAUGAGGGAAAACAAACACAGAAAUGGAGUCAGAUAUAUAGCAAAGAUACCAAGGAACAAUCUAUUCCUGUGAUAACAGCUUGGCAACUGAAUGAAAGAAUGUAUGGUGAAUUGUAAGGUCUCAAUAAGCAAGAAACAGCUGCCCACUUGGGAAAAGAGAAGGCUAUUAAAUGGCGUCGUAGUUAUGAUAUUCCUCCCCCAGAUGGUGAGAGCUUGGAGAUGUGUGCCAAUAGAGCUGUGGUUUAUAUCAGAGAACAAAUUGUACCUCAACUCUUGUCUGGGAAAAAUGUGAUGAUUGCUGCCCAUGGAAACUCACUGAGAUACAUCAUUAUGUGCCUGGACAAAUUGACUUCUGAAGAGGUCAUCAGCCUUGAACUCUCAACUGGCAUUCCUAUGCUUCUUUAUAUAUUAAAAAAGGGAAAGUUUAUUAGAAGAGGAAGCCCAAUUGGUCCUUCUGAGGCUGGAGUUUAUGCUUAUACCAGAAGUUUGGCUCUUUACAGACAGAAGCUAGAUGAAAUGGUCCAGUAAUGCCGGCUUCUGCUACCAAUACUUGAGGAGCUUUUCCUGGUUGGAGAUGGCAUAAACUUCAACCUUCACUCCUUUAUGAUCUCUUAGCUCCUACAACAUAGAAGAUGAUGCAAAUUGUACUACUUGUUCAAUUUUGAUGUGUGUAUUCUUGAAUUGGGGUGUUCUUGUGUUACUACUGCCCAUAUAAGAGCUGCGUGUAAGAUGAAUUCAGAAUGUUUUCUCCUCAUAUUCCUCAUCUGGUGACCUAUGCAUUUCGAUCAUUGUCAAUGAAAUACAGUUAGUUUGAUGAA